GUGCUGAAAUGGUUCCUGUUUACAAGAAAUUUACACAUGGUCUAUGGAUGUGGACAGACAUACGGAGAUAGCUGUGGGAUUCAGAUGGUUUGCUCUCAAGCACCCCUUGAAAGGACCAAGACAUGAAGGUGCAGAGGCUGUUGUUCCUGGUGCUCUUGCUGCCGUGUCCCGGUUCCCCAAACCCAAAUGUUCCAGAGGAGUUUAUCCAGGUCCUUCAUGGAUGUACAAUAGAAGUCAGUGACUUCUUACCUACUCUUGUCCAUGUUGUGCCUGACCGUUUCCUUCUUGGCCCUGAUGGGGUUGGAGUUCUAUGGAAACUUCCCAUUAUCACUGCCCCCUUGGGAGUUUGUGUCUUUCUCAUUUAUAUCUGGAGAACCAUCCUCGCUAUAAAGCCUCGGCGAUAUGAAGUAACCUUACAACAAAUAAAUGAGAAGAUCCAUCGACUUAGGACAGAAAACAGGGAGCUUGCUCAGGAAAUAUCCCUUUGGGAGCUGAAGAUCCGGGAAGGCAAGAAGCAUGUUGCAGAAACUAAGAGUGAACAUAAGUUUCUCUCUGAGGAAGUUCUUAAAUUGAAGGAGAACAUCGAAAAGGUUGACGAAGUUAAUGAAAAUUUAAAUGACACCCUUCGUUGGGCACUGGCUCACUUGCAAACUGAGAGAGAGAAGAAGGUCAAGAAUCAGGAUGUGGCCCAAGAUGCAUUCGAGGAUGGAGAGCAGAGAGCCUUUAGGGCCAAAAAACGAGAACUGCAGGAAUGUCGACGAUUGUUGGAAGACCAUUGCAAUGCCCUGAGUUCUUUGAAAACAACUCAAGAAGCCGAACUGAAAAUGCUGAGGAGGAAAGUGGAUAUCGUGGUGGAUUUCUCUAAACAAAGACAAGCGGCUGCCGAAGAGAAGGUUGCAAAGACCCGCUGUGACCUGGAGGCAACAGAGAGUCAGCUGUCCGCUGCCAUGGAAAAUCUGAAAGGAAUCACAGAAGCAACGGACAAGUACAAGCAAGAAAUUGGAGAGAUGCAAGAUCAGCUGCAGGAGGCAGAGCUCACCUUCCAACACAAGAUCGCAGCUCAUGAGAGAAGUGCUCUAGAUAAUUGGAUCAAGGCUCAGGUUUGGGAGAGGAAGAUAGUGCAGCAGAGGAGGGAGAACGCCUAUGUGAAACACAGACUGCACAUGAUGAGGAGAGAGAUGCUGCCUGAGGGAUCCAUGAGGCAGGAACCGAUGCCGGGAAGACCUGAGACACAGAACCGUGUGCAGAGAGGGCUUUGGUCUGAUGCUGAAACUGGUGGGUCUCCCAUGGGGAACAGGGGCACCGAGCCUCACAGAGACCCAGGGAUGAGCAAGGUCGGUACAGAUGUGAGAGGGUUUCCUCAUGCUCCAAGGCCCCCCCAUAUGCCCUACCACAUGGGGCAGGGUUUACCAGGCUUCCCUGGCUAUGGGCCACCUCCACCUCCUCCACAUGGGUGGACAUGGGGGCCUCAACCACAGCUCAUUCCUGCUACACAUGGGCUUCGGUCGUAUUCAGAAACCUGUGGCUCUCAAGGGGACAACAGUGGCACCCCGCCCAAGAAGGUCCCACAGAAGGACUAGAACCCUGUGGAUGCAAGAGGACCUGCUCCUGUACCCGGCCCACUGGGUCCACCAUACCCCAUGGAUCCCCCUUCAUCACCAUCCUGGGGCCCUGGGGCACAUCUCCCUCCACCCACCCAGUGGUCUCUGCAUCCUUACCCUGCACACGAACCUACACCACAGGGUUUGAUGAUAUGAAUUGUAUGAUUUGACUUAUAAUCUGUAUUGUCUUCUUUCUUAUUGAGUUGGUGGGGCAAAGGCCAAGUUUGUGCUGAGGCCUUGACAUUGGGAGGGGAAAACCACCUGGGGGCGCUGUAACAUCCUGAAGUUUCUCAGGACAUACAGGUGUUGUGCUGGGCUAUUUCCACACACUGAGCGGGGGGAGGUGCCGUUGUUGGGAAGGAAGUGUCUCUAUCGCACAAUGGCAGACAUAUAUUUCUUACCGUCGGGCACGUCCAGAGUCCACAGUUGUUGUUCUGGGCGGGAUGAAACACACCUCUCACUUUGUUUUCAGCGUGUUGAGUUUAAGCUCUCAUUUCCUCAGUUAUAUAAACACCUGAAGCAGGGCUAUGGUCCCUUGAUUAAUCAUUAGGGCAGGGGUCUGUCCCUUGUCCUCGGCAGUCAGUGGAUACUUGUGGGAAACCCUCUUGUCCGGUAAGGGAGGUGAGAGUGAGAAACAGUGGCAGAUGCUGGAGGCAGGUGUAGAUGGUUUGUUGGAAUGUUGCUCAGUCACUUCCAGUGGGAUGGUCUUCCGUCUUUUCUCUGACGUGGGUCAGAUACAGACGCUGGGGCAUCCUCCAUAAGGAAUAGCAGUCCUGCAUGCAGGCCUCUCAUGUUAUGGGAGAGUGAAUGUUGCUAAGGACAUGAUCACUUUCUUCAGGUUGCUCAGGAGACGCCUUUGAGGGACUUUGUCUUUCACUCAUACUGAGGUGGUUGGCAGGUCCCUUUCUGGUGAAGGAGAGCCGCUCUUCUCCAAAAGCUGGGCACAGCAGGUAUGCGCAUGCACACUGUGCAGAGACGCUAUUCUGUGCUCUGGGAGGGAUGAGGAGGGAACUUCAGGUGUCUGAGAGCAACGAGGGACACAUUCAUUAAACGACAGAGAGGUUGUGUUCCGUAUAAGGGAAGCCCCAGCGAUGGAUCUGAAGGACCAGAGAGGGAGCCAUGAGUCACUAGAAACAGGAGGCUGUGGUUGAGAAGGAUGGAGGUGCUCAGGGGAGUGGAUGGGCCUCUCUCGGGUAGAGCGGAGGCCGUUCCUGCAGGCCAGCAGCUUGAGCAGUGAGUGUGAGGACACCGUGAGAUCCACACUGAGCUGCUGCCUGUGUCCAUCACACAGCGUGGAUGAUGCAAUUAUUUGUAUCAGAACGUCAUGGUUGCCAUAAAGCUGUUCGUUCAUAAUCUAUAAGGAUUGUUGUUUCCUCUGAAUUUCUGAAGGUUCUGAACUGGGUGAAAGAAUGUGGUGGAGACUUGGGAAAUUGAACUCGGUUCCUUUGGGGAAUCUUGUCUGCCUGAGUUUGUGGGCCCCAGUGAGAAAAAGUGAAGACGGGACCAAGACCAGCAGAGUGGCUGCCUUGGCCUUCAGCCUGAGUCAGACUCUUCGUGGGGAAUUCAGGAUUGACCAGGAGCCACCCUCGCUGGAUCCCUGUCACUACGCCUCUGCAUCUGAGUCACCGCCGUGCCUUCACUUUGAUUCUCCCUGAACUUUGGUCACAGUAUCCUGUGGAUUUACCUGUAUUCCUGCCUGAAUGCCUUGUUAGUGUAGAAGAAAGCAACUAAUUUCUGUACAUUGAUUUUGUAUCCUGCCACAUUACUGAAUUGCUGUAUGAGUUCUAGUAAUGUGGGGUUGAAUCUUGGGUUUUCCACAUAAAGUAUCAUGUCAUCUGUGAAAAGAGAGAGUUUGACUUCUUUGCCAGUUUGAAUACCUUUUAUUUCUGUUUGUUGUCUGAUUGCUGUUGCUAGGACUUCUAGUACUAUGUUGAACAGUAGUGGCGAGGGUGGGUAUCCUUGACGUGUUCCUGAUCUUAAGGGAAAGGCUUUUCCCCAUUGAGGAUGAUAUUCACUGUGGGUUUUUCAUAGAUGGAUUUUAUGAACUUGAGGAAUGUUCCCUCUAUCCCUAUACUCUGAAGAGUUUUAAUCAGGAAAGGAUGCUGUACUUUGUCACAUGCUUUUUCUGCAUCAAUUGAGA